AUUGACUACUGGAUCACAGCGACCACCUAUGUACAGGGACCGUUUAACACUCUCUGUGGUGCUGGAGGGAAUAAAGAUUUCGUGGUGCAAGUGGGUGGGCGGUAACCUUUUUUGAACCGGAAGGACGUGUUUUGCUUACUUGAAUGUAAACAAUUUCCACCUGACACAGUCCAUAGUUCCACAACACCUUCCAAACGAUUUAGCCAUGUCUCGGACGCCGUCCCACGUGGAGGAAUGCAUCAAAGACUACAAGUACAUCUUCCAAUCGGAAUUACUCAGGGGAAAAGUUGCUUUUAUCACUGGGGGAGGAACAGGGAUAUGCUUCACUAUUGCAGAAGUCUUUAUGAGACAUCAGUGUGAUACAGUUAUAUGUAGUCGCAGGAUGGACAAAUUGAAGGAAUCUGCAGAGACGUUGUCCAAGGCCACAGGUCGGAGAUGUGUCCCCGUACAGAUGGAUGUCAGGGAACCGGAAUCCAUUAUAAAAGCUGUGGAGAUAGCACUCACAGAGUUCGGCAGAAUAGACUACCUAAUCAAUGGUGCCGCUGGUAAUUUUCUAUCACCUAUAACUGGACUGUCCUUUAAUGCUUUCAAAACUGUAAUGGAAAUUGAUGCUCACGGCACAUUUAAUGUCAGCAAGGUCAUCUACGAGAAAUACAUGAAGGAUCACGGCGGAGUGAUAGUGAACAUCACCGCCAUGUUACACGUGCGUGGAACACCACUCCAGGCUCAUGCCGGGUCAGCUAAGGCCGCGAUAGAGGCGAUGACCAAGCACAUGGCUGUGGAGUGGGGGAUGGACGGAGUGAGGGUCAUGUGUGUGGCACCAGGACCAAUUGAGGACACAGAGGGCCUGAGACGGCUAGGUGGUAAUGUAGUGCAUGACGACAGGGUGAAGGGUAUACCGAUACAGAGAUUUGGAAAGCGUGAGGACAUCGGUAAUACUGUCCUUUACGUGGUCAGUGAUGCUGCUCAGCUGGUUACGGGGACAGUCAUCAUAGCGGACGGGGGUUCCUGGCUCACCUCCUCCAACGACUACAACUACAUGAAAAAAAUAAUGCAGAAGAAAUCGGUCCUGUAGAGCAGCCUUUCUAGUUAUCUGAAUGUUAAUGUGUUAAAAAGUGAACUUUGCUUUUAAGUGUGGCCUUGUUUCUUGCCAGUGCAAUUACUAUAGAACAGAAUGUCCCAAGAACAAUCUUUAAGAAUUCCUUCGAAAUCUUUACUAGCUGGAAUUAGUUUGAAACAAAAGGCAUCCAUGCUGUAUCUAUAUUAUAACCAGAAACAUAAAGGGAGGUAACUCAUACAUAAUAAUAUACAACAUUUGAUAAAGCGUCCUAUCUAGCUAACAUAAGCCACUCUA